AUGUUUGGGACCUUCCAUACACCAGUGAUGUAUUUAGCUCCAGCACCUGUCCUGUCUCUCUACGCCUCUGGCCGUAAGGAUGGUAUCGUCCUCCAGAGUGGUUUCGGCGUCAGUUACGCCGUCCCUAUCAGUGAAGGUUUCGCUCUUCGCCAGAACGUUUCGAGUCUCGAUUUGGCCGGUACGAAUUUGACAGAUUAUCUCACAAAGAUUCUGGGCGAACGGGUCAAGACUCUAACCGAGCACAGAUUAACAAGAGAUGUUAAAGAGAGGCUUUGCUAUGUCGCUCAGGACUUUGAAAAGGAGAUGAGUACUGCUGCCUCUGAUCCGAGCUUGCAGAGAAGCUAUGAACUCUCUGAUGGUCAGUUUGUCACUCUUGGCGACGAGAGAUUUAGAUGUCCCGAGGUCCUGUUCCAGCCCUCCAUGGCUGACAGUAGUUCAGCGUUGUCACCCGGCAUCCAUCAGCUUGUAUUUGAGUCCAUCGUGAAGUGCGACGAAGACAUCAGAAAUGAAAUGUACGCCAAUAUUGUCUUGUCUGGUGGCUCCACUAUGUUCAAAGGAAUUGCUGAAAGAAUGCAGAAGGAGAUCACUGGACUCGCCGGGGCUUCACCUACAAGAAAGGUCAAGAUCAUUGCUCCUCCUGAGCCUAAAUACUCUGCAUGGAUUGGGGGAUCAAUCCUGGCUUCGUUAUCGGAUUUUCAGUCCAUGUGGAUCUCUUAG